AUGGGAUCAAGAAGCGACUCAGAAGAGCAGUUCACUUUGGAUACUAACCACGUUCCACCAGAUACAACGGACUUUGAGACUCAACAUGUCAUGGCAAGACUUGCGGCAAUUGAUGAGAACGAUGAUCAGCGUGAUGGUGGUGAUGAGGGAAACAAGCAAGGUCGCAAAAGAAAGCUGUUAAGUCUGGUCGAUUCAGAAGAGGAUGUUGAUGUUGAAAUAACUCCAACAACCCAACCGAGGAAGCCUCAUAGAAAAACCAGCUUUGGAACAGCCUCGCAGAAACCCAUGUACCAAUCCACUCUGGAUGGAGGUAGUGGCUCUUCCGAACAGGCCAGUAGUCAGAAGAAGAAUGUUCCUCUGAAAUAUGUGAUUUGUGGAGGGAGGAGAAAGCCAGUGCCUCGGGGGUCGUCUACUCAGUCGCGGAAAAACAAAGGACCGAGUACUCAGUCGCUGAAGAAGAAGAGCAAGAUCCAAGAGGAGAUACCAGAUUUUGAUGAGGAACUAGUAGAAGAUGAGUUGGACGAGGAUGAAGCCGGUUUGGAUGAAGCCGGAUUGGAUGAAGCCGGUUUGGAUGAUAUGGAGAAUAGGCAACGAUCAGAUGUGUGGAAGGAUUUCACGGUGGUUGAAAAACACAAUGGAGAUUUGAAAGCUGUGUGCAAUCAUUGCAGGGAUGAGUAUGCAUGGUAUUCUCACUCGCAUGGAACAAGUGGGCUGAGAAGGCAUUGGGGGAGAUGUAAAAUGUAUCCAAGGAAUACUGGGAGGCAACAACAACUCAAUACUGAAGGGAAAGUAGUAUCUCGCAAGUAUGAUCAUACUGUGUUCAGACAGAUGGUAGCUAAGACUAUAGUCCAGCAUGAUCUACCUUACGCGUACGUUGAGUAUCAAAAAGUUAGAGACACAUGGGCGUAUUUGAAUGCUGAUGUCCAAACAAUUUGUCGAAACACAGCGAGAGCAGAUGUGUAUCGAUUAUAUGAAAGUGAGAGAGACACACUCAAGAGGGAAUUAGGGAGUCUUCCUGGACGAGUGUCCUUCACAUCUGACUUGUGGACAUCAGUGAAACGAGAAGGAUACAUGUGUGUGACAGCACAUUACAUUGAUCGGAAUUGGAAGUUGAACAGCAAGAUCUUGACGUUUUGUGCUCUACCACCACCACAUACUGGUAUGAAUGUUGCGGUUCAGCUCCUUGAAUCACUGAAAGAGUGGGAAAUUGAAAAGAAGGUGUUCUCGAUCACAUUAGAUAAUGCUACAAGUAAUGACUCGAUGCAGGAUAUUGUGAAAUCGCAGCUGAAUUUGAAUGAUGAUUUGUUGUGUGGAGGAGAGUUUUUUCAUGUCAGAUGUGCAGCUCACAUACUUAACCUCAUUGUGCAAGAUGGGUUGAAGGUUAUUGGAGACUCUUUGCAGAAAGUAAGAGACAGUGUUAAGUAUGUUUUAGGAUCGGAAACGUGUGAACAGCUGUUCCACAAAUGUGUGGAUGCUACCGGUGUAGUAGAAGGUGGAUGGCUAAUACUGGACGUGCCGACAAGAUGGAACUCAACUUACUAUAUGCUUGAAAGAGCCAUCAAGUACCGUAAAGCAUUUGUUAAGUUGGAGGCAUUUGAUAAGAAGGGUUAUAAAACGGCGCCCACAGCUGAGGAAUGGACUAGAGCAGCCAAUAUUUGCGAUUUUUUGGGUCCUUUUGCUGUGAUCACAAGCUUGAGGUCUGGUUCGAAUUACCCGACUGAAAACUUGCUUUUCUAUCAGGUUUGGUUGAUCCAUGAUUGGCUUCGGAGAAAUGAGGAAAGCCAAGACGAGAUUGUCAGAUACAUGGUGCCACCGAUGAAGGAGAAGUUCGACAAAUAUUGGGACGAAGUCAGUGGUGUUUUUGCAAUGGCAGCAGUCUUCGAUCCACGGUUUAAGCUUUCUAUUGUCGAAUGUUGUUUAGGGAAGCUUGACAUGAGUACACGUGAUGCAAAGGUGAAGAAUCUGCGUGAGAAGCUGAGUAUUCUGUUUGAGUCAUACGACAAAAAAUCCAAGAAUAACUCGCCUUCCACUGAGCCUCGUGAGACUGCUUCGCAAAAAGCAUCCGAUGGGGCUGAUUUCUUUGCAUUUCGCCAAACGAGUGGCAUUGUGAGUGAAAAGACACCUCUAGAAGCUUAUCUUGAAGAACCACCUUUGGACUUUACUAAUUUCCAGAGUUUGGACAUCCUCGAUUGGUGGAAAGAUAAUGCGCAUCGGUAUGGUGACUUGGCUGCAAUGGCAUGUGAUCUGCUAAAUGAAGAAGUCGAUGGUGAUGGUGAAGAAGAGAAUUUACCAUCAUUUGAGUCCAUUGUUGAUGGGGAAGGUGAAGAUGAGUAG